AGAAUUAUAUAUAUAGAUAUAAACUGUCCAAAGAAAUGUGACAUUUUCAUUUUUCACACUUCCUUCCCACUGAUUAUAUCGAUCCCGAACUGUCCUACAGCCAACUCGUCUAGAUCUCACGUCCGUCUCGAUAAGGCCCAAAGCCAUACCUUAAAUUUCAGUUCGCUAGACCGCGAGAGAGAUGUCGAGGCGAUCAGGGGAUUGCUUGAGGUAUUGUUUGGUGGUUUUCGCAGUUGUCUCGGCUCUUUGCGUCUCUGGUCCGGCUCUUUACUGGAAAUUCAAGAAGGGGAUGAAGCUGGAUGUUGUUCCCCCUUCUUGCAGUCCUUGCAUCUGUGAUUGUCCUCCUCCUCUCUCUCUUCUUAAGAUUGCACCUGGAUUGGCCAAUCUCUCUGUUGCAGAUUGCGGAGGGAAUGAUCCUGAUGUAAAGGAAGAGAUGGGGAAGCAUUUGGUAGAGCUGUUGAGAGAAGAACUGAAGCUACAAGAGGCAGUUGGGGAAGAACACGCCGUUCACAAGAAUUUAACCUUGGUGGAAGCAAGAAGGGCAGCAUCCCAGUACCAAAAGGAGGCAGAGAAGUGUAAUGUUGCCACAGAAACUUGUGAGCAGGCCAGAGAGAGGUCCGAGGCUUUGUUGAUUAAGGAAAAGAAGAUGACUUAUUCAUGGGAGAGAAGAGCCAGGCAACUUGGUUGGGAAGGAGAAUAAAUCCUCAACAAAACAAAACCCUACACCAUAUAUAUAUAUAUGCUACUUACUAAGAUGAUUGUUCAAGCACAUAGAUCAUUCUUUUUGUAAUCAAAUAUAAUAAUGUUUUGUUUUUACAGUCACAUUAUAUGCAUUCUAUUGAAACUCUGAACUCAUUAUUUGUUUGGUCCUGCAAAAUUUGUUAUAUGAGAAGGUUCUGAAUGCCAAUACCUAUUUUUCA